AUGCAGAACGCGUACUACAUGAACGACAGCUCCGGAAUCCCAAACAGCGGCGAGAGUUCGACGAGCAACUCGCCGGACCACCUCGUCAGCCGGCUCUCGCCCAGUACCAACCUGGUCGACCUCAGCGCCCCGACCAUACCUUCCCUCUUCCACCACAACCAGCACCAGGUGGUUUUCCCCCACCAGCUGCUCCAACACCACCAGCAGGAGCAGUACCCGAUGCAGCAGCAACUGGUUGCCCAAGGCUACGACCAACUGCCCUACUUGGAUCCGCUCGUCCAGCAGCAGCCGUCCCAAAAGAUGCACUUCCCGUACGAGUACGUGCACCAACAGCCCCAGCAGCACCACCACCACCACCACCACCACCAACAGCAUCUGCACAACGACAAGCUGCACCAGUCGCUCCCGGGCGCCCUCAACGAGUUCAUCCUCACGGACGAGGGCGACUCCAUCCAGGGCCACCACCAACAGCAGCAUCAUCAUCAACAGGUGUACUCGUCGCCGAGCUACUCCCCGGGGGGCUCGAGCAUCGAGCUGCCGGUCACCGGGUACUCGGGCUACGACCACACCGACGACGACGAGGAGGCCAAGCUACCGGCCCGGCCCCAGUACGGCUGCGGGCUGACGCGGCGCCUCAACCGUCAAGGAGCACGUGGAGGAGGUGGAGGGGCCGGAGGAGGAGGAGGAGGAGGAGGCAGUGGUGGUGGUGGGGCCAGUCAGGAGGAGCUCAACAGCCAGCGGAGCCAGGCCAACGAGCGCGAGCGCGCCAGGACUCAGAGCCUCAACGACGCGUUCGCUGCCCUCAGGAGGAGCAUACCCACCCUGCCGAGCGACAAGCUCAGCAAGAUACAGACCCUCAAGCUCGCCUGCAAGUACAUCAACUUUCUCUACAAGGUGCUGCAGUUCCGCGACGGCGACUCGGCCCAAAACUCGUGCAAUUACCAGACGGCCCACGAAAAGCUCUCGUACGCGUUCAGCGUUUGGCGGAUGGAAGGUGAAUGGAAACACAACGUCUGA